CAUGAACGUUCCGACAAUUAUUGAUGCCACUAUCCAGACAUCCAGAUCUCAUUUUUGAGAUCAGUGAUUCGUACCCAGACUUAGCAACAACUCGGUCAAUCGUGUGUAAAACAGGAUUUUAAAAGACAGAAGAAAUAAUAUCACGCACAAAUCGAAUGCGAAGGACCACAAUUAUGACAAAUUCUGGCGAGCACUAUGUGCAUUUGAAAGCUCUGUAAAAAGAUUAAGAUAGCACUUCUGUAAUACCAAACUCUCAAGUAGUAAAAUUGCUUUUAUGCGAUGUUAAAGCGAGUGUUUUCGGGCAAAAGACGGCGCCGUAGACCGCCCAUUUCAAAGCCGUCAAAUUUUCAACAUAGAGUACAUGCUGGUUACGACAGUAAGACGGGAAAAUUCGUUGGUUUACCACCACAAUGGGAGCAAUUAAUAAAGAACGAAGGACGACCAAAGCCCAUAGUAGACCCAGAGGCGAUUACAGACACAGUACCGAACCGUAUAACUCAGAUCUUCGACGACGAUUUCAACAUCCAAAACGAGCAAAACAAACAAGCCAUAAACGUAUCCCGAUCGAAUUCUUUGCGAGGCUCUUUUAGGAAUCGCGAAGACGAGCAGCCCAACAGCCCAACUUCACCGAAAGCUAACGGUAGCAGCACAGGAACACAAAAUAUGGAUGAGAAAUCUGCAAGUGAAGCCCCGAAAAGUAUUUUGAAAAAACGUGGUGGAAAAGGAUCUAAUUCGAAGAAUUCUACCACAAAUCAAAGCCAAGGGGAUGCUAAACCUGCACCGGCACCGCGAUCGCCCUCACAGUUUCAAGAGCAAAACGGUAGUGGCGAAAAGUCGACAGAUCUCGCUCGUGCUAUGAAGGAAACGAACGAUCCAAACUUGUCAAAAUCGAAGCUGAUGUAUUCAGACGAGCCGGUCACGCAUGAGCAAUUCCGACAAGCUUUACAAAAAGUUGUGAAGCCUGGAAAUCCGAGAGAACUCUUUGAUCGAUUCGUUAAAAUAGGCGAGGGAUCUACAGGCAUUGUAUGUAUUGCAACGGAGAAGCGAAGUGGCCGACAAGUUGCCGUCAAAAAGAUGGACUUACGUCGACAACAGCGCCGAGAAUUGCUAUUUAACGAGGUGAGAAGCCCAUAUUGUACUCAACCCAUUCAAAACAAUAAAAAAAUCUUAUUCUACUUCUCUUAAAAGCAGUAUAAAUGUUACUUCUUUGAAAAGUUGCAUUUAAUGAUUCUAAUUGCGUUAUUGGGCGGCGAAUCCUUUGAAAUUGACAACUUUUGCAUUGGCGGGCUUCCAUCAAAAGUUUGUCAAUUUCACGUUGUCGAUUUCAUGUUGUUUUGUUUUGUACAAAUGCGGGGCGGACACGAGCCAAAUUCCCACCUUCUCGUGUAGACUGGAGAAUAAUAUCACAGGUCAAAAAACGCCCGAAAUAUAGUCGACUGGACCAAUAUUUUAAAUACUUGAAUUUCUUUGUUCGCCCCAAUGACGUGCAUAUUAUAAUAGUUGCAAUUACUUCGAUUAGAAUUUCAAAAUAUAGGUUUUGUUACUUUUGUGUGUGAAACUUGCAAAAUCCCUUGUGUUUUGUCGAUAAAUAUUUGUCUAGGCUUCUGUUUAACUUGCCAGUCUUUUGAGCACAAUGUCUGUGUGUGGGACACGCAUGCAAAUUUAAUACAGGAAGAGUGUUUAAUAUUUAUUGAUUUCGUCCCUAAACUACCGCGGGAGGUUAUUAUGUGAAUUCUUUCAGGCAUGCAUUUCCUUCCGCUUGGGCUGCCGUUACAAUGUACAAUUUAUUUGAAUAUUUUGUACUUCUUGUAAACAAAAAACGACUCGGUGAAAUUAGUUUUUCAAUGCAUUUUUAUCGGAUUAAAGUUGGUUGAAAUAUUUAUGAGUGUUGACUGACAUUUGUUGCUAAAAAAAUACUAGUUAUUUAUUAAUCACUUGUUGCUAUGCAAGGCUAUCAAGAUUUUAAAAAGUUAUUCAAAAUUUCCUUGAGAAUAUGUCAUGACAUUUUGAUUCUCAAACUAUUAAGGGGCGGACCACUAGAAAAGUGAUGGGAGGGGGGACUUUUGCAACUUGUACGAAUAUUUUUUAAAAAUUUUUUGCUUGUGUCGAUAAUUUUUUUUAAAUAUCCCUUGCACAAUUUUUUUUUUAAUUUCAACUUAUAAUUUUCCCUAUUGAAAUGUCUCUGCACGAAUUUUUUUUUUCAAACUUUUUUGGUGCACAAUUUUUUUUUCUUUCUGUUUCCCCUGCUCGAUUUUUAUUUUUGCUUCCCCCCCAUCACUUUUCUAAUGGUCUGCCCCUAAUCCAUUAUUCUGGAAUUAGCCACAAGCUUGAUAUUUGUACUACAAACAAAUGUACAUCACAAAUAAUCUAAAGUUGUCCAUUCUACCUGAUAAAAAAGGGAACAACGACAAAUAUUUGCUUGUGUAACCUGCUUAACUCUCUGUUUUCAUUUGGCCCCCAGCUGUGUGUUUAUAAUUAUUCUUCUUGCCUCAGCCAACGGAAAUUAACACUUAACCUCACACUUUUCACCUCAACCCUUUUCACCUGUGACUAUCAAAUGUGACACUUCCCUUGCUGAGUAGCGUAGUCUGAUUAGACCAGGUACAUAACAUAGCAGCAGACUUCAGGGAAUGUUGUCACUUAGCGAUGAGACCAAGUCUGUUCUGUGCAUACACAAAUCUUCCAAUACCCAAAUUUCAUGUUGUUUCAACAUCUUCUAAAUUGAAACUCUAAUCUAUAUUUAAUUACAAGAAUAGCAAACCAGAAUGACGUUAGAUAGUAACUAAGUGGAUUCUAUUUCAUGAAUAUAGGUAGCCCGCGUGCAGGCCCAAGGGAAAAGAAUAUAGGUUAUGUUUACACUUGUACCAGAUAGCUUUCCGUAGCGACGUGAAAAACACCUAUCCAUACCUUUUAGGAAUGCUAUUUUCAGAGGAAUUAUUGCAACAGAGAGAUGAUGUUUCGCUCAGCUUCUGAAAGUUGUACAUUCCAUAUUGGAUACUUAGGUGCUUUUUCAUGCCACGAUAGAAAGCUAUCCCAUAUAGUGUAAAGGUAGCCUUAGUGUCUUCAAAAUGUAAACAAACCACACAUGACUGCCUCUUAAAGCAUUACUACUUUGUGUCAUACUUAGCAGAGACACUUUCCUUUGUCUUCCCCAUAGCUUUUUUAAAGCAUGGCAAUAAUAUUACUGCUUUGUUCGAUUCAAGGUUGUGAUCAUGCGAGACUACCAUCACCCUAAUAUUGUCGAGAUGUAUGGUAGCUAUCUUAUUGACAAUGAAUUAUGGGUUGUUAUGGAGUUUUUAGAAGGUGGAUCAUUGACAGACAUUGUUACACAUACCAGGUUGGAAAUUGUUUGUGUUUCAUUCUAUUCAUGCCCAGCUACAGUAAAUUAGUGUCGCACUACUCCUUGAAAUUUAAAAUAGAACAUAGAGGUAUGUUUACAAUGAAAAUAAAUGUGGGUGCCAGAACCAUAGGGGAUACAAACCUUGAGUGACAGCACUUUCCCCUUGAUGAGUAAAAUUGUCUGGCAUUAGACAGAGUAAAAUAAUAACGUAGGACGUAUUAGGGUGCAAUGCAACUUAAUGGGUUGAUACAAAUUUGUUGUAGGGUGAGGUUUUAGUUUAGGCUCAGAGCUAGCUAAAGAAUUAGGUUCAGUGUUAGGUGCUGCAUUAUGAAUGGUUUAAAUGGUAUUGAAAAUAAUAAACUUACAAGUAAUACACAGUAAUAAAUUAAUGUGUCGUAGUUCUUUUAGUUUGACAGAGGAACAAAUUGCACACAUCAGUAAGUCUUGUUUGAAAGCUUUGGCGUUCCUGCACUCACAAGGUGUUCUUCACCGAGAUAUCAAAAGUGACAGUAUUUUAUUAACAACUUCUGGGCAGGUAUGGAGACUUUCCGAUAUGCAUCAAACCUAAACCAAUUUAAACCAAGGUUUCUGUGUUUGGAUGGCCUGAUCCAAACACGCGGGAAUGUUGCGAGAGUUAAGAAAAGUCCGCGAAACAUGAGCCAAGAGGGCCCCCUAUAAUUUUUGCGUGAAGCGCUUAUUUUACUUCGCCGUGAAACGUGAUCAGGCCCCCUAUACGUUUUGCGUGAAGCGUGAAGGGCUUAUUUUACUUAGCCGUGAAACGUGAUCGAUGAUUUUCUUAAUCUGUGACUCGUGAAAAGGCAAAAUAUUUUUACGUGAAAGCAUAUUGUGAAGAGGUAUAGGGGGCCCUCAGCCAAAGGCGAGUGAUUUUGCAUGCUUUCCUUAACUCAAGCAACAUUCCCAAGUGUUUGGAUCAGGCCAUCCAAACAUGGAAACCAUAAAGUAAUUGUUCUAUAAAAUAACAACUUUCCGUGUUAAAAUUUCACUUUAAAAAAUUUUCACUUUAAAUUUCCGUGUUUGGAUCUUACAGGAUGGCCUGAUCCAAACAUGGGUUUCGACCAGUCAGAGCAUGUGUUAUAUACAUGUUAUUUUAUAAAAUGGAUUGCUCCACAUUUAGUGGACAGUUCUUAAUUGACACCUAUUGUAGAGAUAUACUGUACUUGCAGCAUGAAACUUGAGAGCAAGAAAAAACUUGCAGUCUUUUGUAGAAUCAAACAACUGUUAAUCGUACAACUACAUAAUGCACCAUUAUUUCGCCUUGACUACAGAGGUGAAAAUCAUGUGAACUAACCACUGUGAAACCACCAGUUGACUCCCCAUUACACACCAACCUGUUAUGUACUAGUAUUAAUGGACAAUGUCAUCUAAAUUUAGGUGAAAAUAUCAGAUUUUGGUUUUUGUGCCCAAGUGACACAAGAUGUCCCUAAAAGAAGAUCCUUGGUCGGAACUCCAUACUGGAUGGCACCGGAGAUUAUUGCAAGACAACCAUAUGGACCUGAAGUUAGUAUUUAUGAUUUCUUUAAAGACUGCAAACACAUGCAUAAUGAUUUCCUUACACACAGGAAAAAGCUUGAUUAGAUGCAGAUUUGCACAGGGUGUCCACAGGCCUUGAAAAUGCUGGAAAGCCCUUGAAUUUGAAAAAAAAAUUCCAGCGCUGAAAAGCCCUUGAAAAUCAGUAGAAGUCUUUGAAAGUCUUGGAAUUAAUUUCCUUACCUCCAGCUGUGCCAACAUUAGUGAUUUUGAUUAAAAUUACUGAAUAAAGUGAAUCUGUGCUAUUUUCUAAGAUUUUUCCCAGUUCUAGCUCCUUGAAUUUACUGAAAAAAGGUCUUGAAAGUCCUGGAAAAGUCCUUGAAUUUCACCUUCACCAAAGGGUGGACACCCUGCUGGCCUGCUUGCAACCAAUUUGCUACUAUAGUCCUGCAAUUUAAAGUCAGAUGCUACUGAAAUGCAAAUACUACAGAAUGCAAUCAAUGACAUGUUGUUGAUGUGUUUUCUGUUAUUUCUAAGAAGUGCUUUACCAAAGAUAUUAAAAACUAAAGACAAGGCAUAAUUCAGUGCUUAUUUUAUGUAUAUAUAUUUUUAGUCUGAUAUUUGGUCGAUUGGUAUAAUGGUGAUUGAGAUGAUUGAUGGUGAACCACCAUACUUUAAUGAACCACCACUGCAAGCUAUGAGAAAGAUAAGAGAUCUUGACCCACCAGCAGUCAAGAACGCAGCUAAGGUAUGGUACACUUAAACUGGCUAUGUCAGUGCAAAUGAUUAUCCAGGCUUGCAAAUCAACAGUGUUUUGCGCAAACGCAAAACAAUUACAGUCGAACAUCUUCAUUCAAUGGACAUCACUCUCAAAUAGACAUCUCAAUAACACAGAUGCCUUUUCUAAUAUGGGCAUUUCUCCAAGACAGACAUCUCUUUAAAAUAGACAUCUCUAUGACAGACACCUCUGCUUUCUAAUACAGAAGUCUCUCUAACACGGAUAUCUCUCUCAGACUGUCAAACAGACACCUCUCUAAGACGGACAUCUCACUAAUGCAGAUAUGUAUCUAAGACAGUCAUUUCUGUAAGACAGAUACGAUAUCUCUCUAAGACAGACAUCUCUCUAAAAUACACACUCUCUCUAAGACAGGCAUCUCUCUAAGACAGACAUCUCUAUAAGACAGACAUAUCUAAGACAGAAGACACCUCUCCAAGACAGACACCUGAGGUAUCUCACACUUUGGCCUGUCCGUUGCGUGUCUGCAUUACCACUGUAUAUUGAGAGUCGUGAAAACCUACAAUUACAACUGACAUAACUUCUACUCUUAUUCUUUUUUAGCUCACACCUCGACUGAAAUCAUUUAUAGAGAAAGCGUUAACCCACAACCCUCAAGAAAGAGGCACAGCACUUGACCUUUUGCAGCACCCAUUCUUACGCCCUUAUAACAAUCCGAACUGUCUCGCUGAACUUAUGAAGUCUUUCAGACACAGUGUUUGCUGACGUGCUAACAUAGCUUAGAAAAAUAGGUGGGAAUUAUAGUAAGCGUUUUAUAUAGUGCGGCACAUCGUGGCCAACCUCAGAACUCUCGACACUAAAUGGACGGUUUAACCGACCAUUUUUUUGCGUAAAUCAAGACAAAACAUAGAUAAUGAGGUCUCUAGAUAUUGCGAUAUAAUUAAGAUUUAACACUAUUUCGCUGUCUGCCGGGUUGGCCACCUUUUGCGGCACAUUGGUGACUGAUGAAGCCCGUUGUAAAAUUAGUAGGUUUUACAGCAAGUGCGAAAUAGGCUGCAAGAAAUGGAUUUUUAAUCUCCAUAGGAAGGGCAUGUGUAUAUCAUUAGAUUAGUAUUAUAUAGUUUUGUCUUUAGAAUUUUCUAUGUUGUAAAAUUAAGUCUUUUCGAAUGUGGGCUAUAAACAGAUUUUUUAUUUUUUAAAAAGCAGUAAAUGUAAUAUACAAAUUAACCCACACUAGCUAGUUGAAUAAUGGAGUGAUGUAUUAAUAUAUGGAAUAGUUAUUAUGCCAAAUAUACGAUAAUAGUUUUUAGUGAUGUGUUCAUUUUUUGACCAUCCAAAGUUUCCUCCAAUUUUAUUCACAAUGUGCUCUAUCAUUCUUAGUUGCGU